UUUAGUAGUUAGAGUCGCGCGUGGUCGCGUGGAGCGCGUGUCGGCCGCUGCUCCUACAUUGUUUAUUUUCACUCACGAAACACUCGAUCCAAACCGAACUUCGAUAAUAGUGCAAGCAUUCAAUAGAAACCAUACAGUCUACUGCCACUCCUGGAAACCGGUGCCUUUAUUAUUGUUCAGAUUAUCGAUUUUCUUAACCCGUAAACGAGUUAGCUAACUCUGCAAUUUCCGAGUUAAUUCAUUCGGUGUAAGUUUCAGUGUGAUCUGUAAAGUUGUUAGUGCUUUCAGUGUCAGCUGUGGAGCUUUUGCUGUCUCGCUCUGUUGUGUUGAAAGCGAAAGGAAGCUCAGCUCUGGGAGUUGUUUUGUUUCACGCUUUUCUUCGGGCGGCUAUAGAGAGAGUGUAUUUAGAAAACAAAUCGCUUCGAUAUCUUGUGCAUACAAGAAUAUUGUAGAGAACAAACAGCGCGCCGCCCACGUCGCGCGAUAAGGACUCGCGCCGCGUCCCGUCCGCAGAGAAAUUAAUCUGGCACUCGGCGACAGGAAACAUGUCGAUAAAGCAGCCGACACCCGCCUGAACCACUGCAGCGCGCGCGCACUGAACAUGCUCAGCUGACACCUGCACCACAGACGCACCAUAAUGCACCGCGCAGCCCCUACCACUGCCAUUACCACACACACACAACCUCAACUCGAACCAAAGUCACCAGCGGAAACAGUGUCAGCUCACCCAAAACCAGCACAACGUUGCAAACUAGCAAAUAAUAGAAAUAUGGCAAAUCAUUCCAAUGAUAAUUUAGAUGAAAUUCACGAACUGAUCGACUUAGCUAGAUGUAGGAUACCGAAUAAGGAAAAUAACGAAAGCCAAAUAGAAUACGAAAGGUGCUCCUUCACAAUCGCAGAGGCCGAUCGAUGCGAAUUGCAUAAGAAAGAAGACGUAUACGGAAACGAAUCGAUUAUCAGAAAGAGGGUAGAGGUCGACGUAAAUGGUCGCUCAAGGCGGACCGCCGAUUUGCAAUUUAAAUACGCUCGGGAUGCGCAGGAGUGGAUGGAGGCGGUCAAGAGAACAAUAGGAGUGCGCGUGCGCGCGGUCGCCGUGCUGGGGCUGUUCCUGACGAUGUUGGCGACAUGCUCGGCAGCGCCGCCGCGUAGCCGACCCACGCGGAGCGCACUACAUGACAAAUCUGUGAGAAGUUACUUAGAAAAUUUCGGCUACCUACGCAAGGACCGGCCCGAGGUCGCCAACCUGUUGAUGGAAAACGCCACCCAGUACUACGAGGACGAUUUCAGGAUCGCCGUCAAAACGCUUCAGGAAUUCGGAGGCAUCCCAGUGACAGGAGAGGUGGAUGAAGCCACACAGAGGCUAAUGGUGCAGAAGCGAUGUGGGAGACCAGACGUGGAGACAGGUCUGGAGGGAAAACGACGGAAGCGGUUCGUGGUCCAAGGCGAGAAGUGGAAACACACUAAUUUAACUUGGAGCCUAUCGUCAUUGCGGCGGCCGUCGCAGCUGGAUCCGUACCACACGCGCUCCGUACUAGCUCGCGCCCUGGAUGUGUGGGAGCAAGCCAGCCGGCUCACCUUCACCGAGGUCAACUCCGACGACGCAGACAUCGUCGUCUCCUUCGCCAAACGCUACCACGACGACGCGUACCCAUUUGACGGGCGAGGCUCCAUCCUUGCGCACGCGUUCUUCCCGGGCAGCGGCCGCGGCGGCGACGCUCACUUCGAUGAUGAUGAGCUCUGGCUGCUACAGCCUAAGAAUGAUGACGAAGAAGGAACGUCCUUGUUCGCGGUGGCCGCCCAUGAGUUCGGGCACUCCCUAGGGCUCAGUCACAGUUCAGUGAAGGGUGCACUUAUGUUCCCCUGGUACCAAGGCAUCCAACCAAACUUCGUGUUGCCUGAAGAUGAUCGAAAUGGAAUCCAGCAAAUGUAUGGUCCAAAAGAAAACAAACGCACCUGGGCGAAAAUUCCAUCUUAUAGACCAGUAGAAACACCUCCCACCACGACAACGACAACCACUACCACCACGACUAGACGGCCAUAUAUCCACCAUAGACAUCCGAACCGACAUCCGAAUCAGCAUCCGGGGUAUACUCCGUACCCACGUGAUCCUAGUAAAUAUCCCGCAUAUUAUCCAGAACGGCCGAACUAUCCUCACCGUCCGAGCUAUCCCGAGUAUCCUAACUAUCCGGAUCGCAGACGUUACAAUACGACUGAGGAGCAUCCCCGUCGGACUCACCAUUACCCUCGCCCCACGGAGACCACGACCCAUCCCCCCACGCGUCGCCCCCACUACCCUAACGUCCGACCCGAAUAUCCUUACCGCCCUUACAACCCUACGGAUCGCAAUCAUGAUUAUCCUAAGAAGAAACCAUAUCUCUACCCUGAGAAAACUACCACGGCUAAAACUACACACAUAGGCGUCGUAACACCUUCAGACAAGCCUGACACUUGUGACACCAGUUACGAUGCUGUGGCCCUUAUACGAGGAGAACUCUUCAUAUUUAAGAACAGAUACCACUGGAGGAUAGGAGCUAAUGGGCGGUACCCUGGUUAUCCUAUAGAAAUAACAAGAAUGUGGCCGAGCCUGCCGAAAGGUUUGACGCACGUCGACGCAGUGUAUGAAAGACCAGACAAAAAGAUCGCUUUCUUCGUAGGCAAGGAAUUAUAUCUAUGUGAUUCCCAACAUUUGGUUCGAGGAUAUCCGAAACCGCUCACCAACUUGGGAUUACCUGAAAGUCUGGAAAAACUUGAUGCUGCUAUGGUUUGGGGAUACAACGGGAAGACUUACUUCUACAGUGGCACCAUGUAUUGGAAGUAUGACGAAGACGAAGGUCGCGUAGAGUUGGACUACCCUCGCGACAUGUCCAUGUGGAAAGGUGUGGGCUACAACAUCGACAGCGUCUUCCAAUGGAAAGACGGCAAGACUUACUUCUUCAAAGGGAAAGGGUUUUGGAAGUUCAACGACCUGCAGAUGCGCGUGGAGCACGAGCGACAGCUACCGUCAGCACCAAUGUGGAUGCGCUGCCCGGCGGAGCGCGCCGGCCGCCGCGCCCCAUACCGCGCGCCGCAGGCUCCCGGCUCCACUCUCCGCUCGCCCAGCGCUGCGACAACCUCCUCCCUCAACACAACAUCUCUACUCACUUCUCUUAUCCUAGCGCUGUCAACGUACUUUCGAUACUCUUAGUCUUCACAAAUAUAUUUUUAUACUAUUGUGUAACUUUAAUGUGCCACUCUAUGUCUGAACAAAUACUAUGGUUAUGAUAUAUACUGAUGAUGACGUCUGAUCAACAAGUACAUAUCGAAACUGUCUGAACUAAGACUUUAGAAUUAAUGAACUAUUGCGCAAAUUUCGCACUGCCUGUUUUAGUAUUAAAUUAAUCCUGCAUUAAAAUUAUGUAAACCUAUUAGAAUAAUUCUAGUACGUAAAUAACGCAAUUUAUAAUUUCUAUUGUUGUAUGUACAUUUUGAUCUCAAUAUGAUCGAGUGCUUGGUUUGUUACGACAUGUAAGGUAUAUAACACCAUUCAUUUAGCUUCUGUACAGUUGGUAUUGUCCUCGAUAUCAGUAUUUAAUAUUAUAUAUUAAUUUUAUGAUGCCUAACAUACAUAGAUGUUUUAAUAUCUCUUCCGAUAAUUACUAUAAUCCAUUAAGUAUAAAAUAAUUAUAUGCUUGUAAGUGCUAGCUACCCACAGAAUGCCUUAAAUACCUAUAAUAUGAGAAUUAUAUAAAAAGUAUGCAUUUUUGUAGAACUAUGAUGUAAAAUAUUUAUUAAAUGUUUAAGUAAACUUAUCUGACAUUAACUUAUUUAUCUCUUAUGCUGGUUAAAAGAGGUACACAUUAUACUGUAAUUUGUAAAAUAUAAAUUGGAUGUAAGAUUAAUUAAGAUGCCAUAUUAUGACAUUACAUAUUUAAAUAUUUGGUAUGAUAAUAUUUAAUAUACCUACCUAUCUAAGUGAAGUAUAUGCAAACGAAAUGGCCUUACAUUAACUGUGACGUAGAUUUUUGUAUCAGUUGUGGAGGUGCGGUGUGUUGCCAAAUGGGAAUGGAAAAUAAACUGGAUGGAAUGAAAAUGGUGCUUAUUAUAGUUAGUUACUGUACAGAAUAAAUUCUCUUUGGAUAUUUUUGUAUGUUGCUGUUGUCUCAUAAACAUGAUAUUAAACCAAAUAAAAAGAGUAAUCAUUGCUGUAUCCACAUAAUCUUCCAUGUUAACCAAACAAUUAGCAAUGUAAAAUAUUUAUUACAAUUUAAGAACAUGAUCUGCUUAAACAUCUACUGCAUAUUUUAAUGUUCUUGUGCAAUCAGCAGUUUAAGAUAUUUAGAUAAUACAUAUAUAGAAAUAUAAGUACAUGUGUAAAGUAUCCACAAACUAUAAAUUGAGAGUCAUAUAUUUUAAUUUUAUGGACUAAAAUAUUAUGAAUUCCUAAUGAACUUUGCAAGUUAUCACUAUGCUGAGGUGACUUGUAUCCGAUGUAGGUCAUUGGUACCUGUCAAGUCGCUCAUUAUUUAAGUAUAGUAUAAGCUUCUCCAUUAGACAUUUUACAAUUUCUUUGGUCACAAGUAAUACCUAGUUAAAUAAUAACUGUGAUAUUUACUUUUAUGAGAAAAGCCAUGAGUUAUUGGCGCUAAAAAUAAAUCAAAAUUUUGUAUCUUCUAAAAUAGUUUUACUCAGUAAAUAAAUAAGUAGGUGAGUAAUUAGUAUAGGUUUGAGAUAUGAAUUACUUUAAGUAAUAUAAUGUUUUUAAGAAUAAAAUUAAAUAAAAACUUUCUAUGAAAGAAACAA